CCCGACGACGACGACCCACCUGCCGCGCUGCCUUUUGCUAUCCCGCUCGCGCACAGCCUGCCACCCCUCCACAGCGUGCUCGCUGGCUUCGCUCUACUCGCCUGCACCAUCCUCCCUCGGCACUCGUCGAAGCUCCAUCUCGCUGAAGCCGCCUCGCUCCACGCCUGGCGCUCUGUGUGGCGCUCUCGCGUGCUCUCGAGCCGCCUCUCCAGCACAUCCCGUCCUUCUCUCGCUGCACCACUCUCUCAAACUGCCUCGCCAUGGUCUCUCAGGCACAGCUCGAGCAGGCCAUCCGUGCCAAGGUGGAGGGCGUCACGUCGCUGGUCGUGUCUGACGUGUCCGGCGGCUGUGGCCAGGCGUACGACGUGAUCAUCGUCUCGCCCAUUUUUGAAGGCCUGCCCACCCUCAAGCGUCACCGUCUGGUGAACGAGCUCCUCAAGGAGCAGAUCGCCGAGCUGCACGCCUUCUCGCAGAAGACCUUCACGCCCAAGCAAUACGAGGCGCAGGGAAGCAAGACGGCCCCGCUCGCUCCGGUGACGCCGCCAGUGUCCGCAGGCUCUCUCUCUGCCACCUCGCCCGCGCCACGCAGCCACCACCGCAGCACGUCGUCCGUCUCCGUGCCCGAGCUCACGCUCACCACCGACGGCGACACGCUGUCCGGCAUGGCCGCGCAGUCGGCCGGCCGUCCGCUCACACCCGGCGCCCAGCCCGGCGGCACGACGAGCACACUGCAGGACGUCGGCGGCAGCCCUGACGGGCGCUCGAGCCACUCGCCGAGCAUCUCCAACCUGCACUUCAACAAGAUCAGCAGUGCAGAGUUCUGGGAGCACCUGCGUGCCUUCCUGGAGGGAGAGUUCAUGGGCCCGGCUGUCGACGCCGGCUCGGCCAGCCCGAACACAUCCGGCCGACCUCGCGGCGAGGCAGAGCUCGUCCGCGUCUUCGAGGAGAUGCUCUCGUCGCAGCGUGGCUUCCUGUCAGCCAGCGACAUCGCUCGCAUCCGCGACGGGACGGGCAUGACGGGCCAGGGCGGUGUCUGA